UAAAAUUUUGACAUUUCACAACACAAAGUGGAAUUUAUUUGCAAAGUUUAGAGAAUUCGUGUUUUGUAUGGGUUUUACGAUUAUACUGUAAACAAUUAGAAUUUUUCUAGUUUUUGCACUAGAUUUUACUUAGAAAUAAGUAUAAUGGCUGGCAUUAAAGGUUUGGUGUCUCUGGCAUUUGCGGGUUCGAUUGGAAUGACCUUUGUCAUCCUCGCAUGUGCACUCCCUCAAUAUAAAGUAUGGUGGCCGUUCUUCGUGGUGCUGUUCUACGUGCUGAGCCCGAUCCCCACAAUGAUAGCCCGCAGGCACACGGACAGCGCUGGCGGGGCCAACUCCCCGUGCAUGGAGUCCGCCAUCUUCCUCACCAUGGGCCUCAUUGUCAGCUCGUUUGCGCUGCCCAUUGUCCUCGCAAGGGCUUCAGUGAUCAUGACCGGCGCUUGCUACCUCACUCUGGCCGGCAACGUCAUCGUCUACCUCACCAUCAUCGGCUUUUUCACCAUCUUCGAUAUGGACGACUCAGAUUAUGCCAUGUGGUGAGAGAUCUAGAAACAUCUGUUGAACAACACGCAAUGAUAAGUCAAAGUUCUUUUGUAUAAGCUACGGUAAUAGUAUUGGCAUAAGUCUGAAGAUAUUGAAUAUUAGAUAAAUGGUAUUUGUUGUUGGUAUGUAGAUGUAUGAUUCUAUAGCCACCUGUUCUGUUAUUUUGGAUCAUAUGAUUUUAAUUAUAGGGAGUCUCAAAUAACAUACUAACAGGAAUGCUAUGAAAAUGGUAACAUUUUCAUAGCAUUGCUGUGUCAUUUAGGUUUCAUUUUGUUUUGUUAAUGCAUUUGAGAAAGAAAUUACAGUAGAAAAAACCACAAAACACUUUCUAUAAAGUGUUUUAUAUCAAAGUAAAAAAUCUUCUGUUCGAAUUGUUAUAAAUUUUUAUUAUUUUAUAAAGCUACUACAACAUAACUUAUUCUUAUUACCUACAUAAAGUUAGGAUCUAAGUAAGAUAUAUUAUGUAAGCAACUUGAAAAUGCUAAAGAUUGGAUAAAUAUUUUUUUAUUGAUCUAAAAUUCAUUUUAAACCUUACCUGUUUUAUUUAUUUUUAAAAUAUAGUUUUCGUACAUAUUUAUACAUUAUAAAAUUGUUGUUUUACCGAGUAGAACCUAACCAAAAACAUAUAUUAUGUAACUCAACACAUGUUAAGUACUAAAAACAUUGUUUUCUACUUUUAUUAGAUAAGUAUAAUGAAAAACUUUCAGAUUUCGGAUCUGUUUCAAAAUUUAUAUGGUAAGCUAUAGUUUCAAAUUCUUUAAUGUCUGCUAAUUUUGCUUUUCGUUUAGAAACCCAAAGUACUCUUUACUUUGUAAUUACUAUAGAUCUGUUAUAAAAUAAGUAUAUUUUACCAACCCUUCCUACUGCCAAUGCCAUUUGAAAUUAUUGAAACCUACAUUUCCCCAUAGCCUAAUUUUGCAGAUCAGUCCUUCUUUGUAUUUUUAGGUAAUAUUAAGCCAAUAAAAGUCCUGCAUAAAUAAAUGCUUUUGAAAAUUCAGUGGUACAUUCCUGUCUUAACAUGUGAAUUUGUGUAAAUAUAGCAUUAGAAUCAGGUCACAGAUUAUAUUAUUUACUUGCUUU